CUUUGCAACCCUCCUAACUUCUCCAUUUCACAAGCAAGAAGAGAUCGACCAGAAGAAAAAAAGAGAGACAGAAAAAAAAAAGGUUUGAGAAAUGGGGAGGGGUAAGAUUGAGAUCAAGAGGAUCGAGAACUCAAGCAACAGGCAAGUUACUUACUCAAAGAGAAAGAAUGGGAUCCUAAAGAAGGCCAAGGAAAUCACUGUUCUAUGUGAUGCUCAAGUUUCUCUUAUCAUCUUUGCUGCAUCUGGGAAAAUGCAUGACUACAUAAGUCCUUCUACCACGUUGAUUGACAUAUUGGAGAGGUACCACAAGACCUCAGGGAAGAGGCUUUGGGAUGCCAAGCAUGAGAACCUAAACGGCGAAAUUGAGAGACUCAAGAAAGAGAAUGACAGCAUGCAAAUUGAGCUCAGGCACUUGAAGGGGGAGGAUAUCAACUCUCUUAACUACAAGGAGCUCAUGGCCUUAGAGGAUGCCUUAGAAACUGGUCUCGUCAGUGUGCGCGAGAAACAGAUGGAUGUAUACAGGAUGUUCAGGAGAAACGACAAGAUCUUGGAGGAGGAGAACAGAGAACUUAAUUUUCUGUGGCAACAACGUUUGGCAGUGGAAGGUUCGAGAGAAAUGGAGAAUGGGUUUGAUCAGAGUGUAAGGGAUUACAAUUCCCAAAUGCCAUUUGCCUUUCGUGUGCAGCCUAUGCAGCCAAAUCUUCAAGAGAGGAUCUAAUCUAGUUAUGUCAUUCCAUCAUGGUGUUUUCACAACUCUCAACUAUGUUGGUAUCACUAUCUGUUUGUGAGUAAUAAAGCAACUGAACUUGCCUUUGUCAAGUUACAAUGUUUCUCUGAGUGCAUGUGUGCCUCCUAUACCUACCUUGUUGGGUCGUUUGUGAGAGUAUAUUAUAUAUGCUUGAGCUUACAUAUUUUCUUAUUA